UUCUCGAGGAAGACUAUUAUAGUCUUUUCACAUCAUUAACAUUCUUCUAACGUUAAUGCGAUGUAUGACAACAUAAUAUAAUGGGAACAAAGUGCCUAAUUAUUAUAUUGUUGUUUUAUCUUAUCUUAAUUUUUCAAAUACUUUUUAGUGAUUAAUUACUAUAAACCUUUUAAACUUUCAACAGAUGGUAUUUGUUAAUUUUCUGGGCGUAAUAUUUUACUUGGCAGCGGGUUGCGCACUUCUUUAUACGGCGCCUGUACAAACUUGGGGACGUUUAGCGUCUUUUAUGUUGUGUUUUAUGAUAAGCGUUAUUCACACAAUUGCAUUCUUGACAAUACUAAUGAUAUGGCGUCAUAGAUUUUCUGCAAUGAGAAAAUGCCAUCCGCUAUCAUACGGGCAGUACUUUGCAGGGGGUCCAAUGAUGUUUAAACAAAACGGUGGUAUAAUGCCUGAAAACUGUACUUGUGGGAUGGCAGCAGUACCGACCCAAGAAGUUGAAUCACACGAAGCAAAUACAAACGUCGAUGUAUAUCAUAAACCUCAAUACCCCGAUCGACCUCACAGUGAGCAGGAAUCAUCAUCACAAAAGAGUCCUCAAUACAGAGAAAGUUUAGAUCAAACCACCUGCGAUAUCUGCCACCGUCCACUACCAGAAGUACCUCGAGCUUCAGAAAGUAUCGGCGAGCAAUUGGAAACUACCCAGCUUCCUCUAGCACAGAGUUCGCCACGAUACAGUCGUCGUUCGAGUUCACCGCGAUCUAUGAUACCGUCCGUGACUCCAGUGUGCCAGAACAUCCAAUCUGUUCAAUUUUGCCGAGGCCCUCAACCUAUUUGUCCUGCUGCAUUCAAAGGAUGCGGUAUCAUUCCAACUUCGAUUGUCGUGAAAUCAGCACCUCCUCCACCACCACCACCACCACCUCCUCCUCCACCACCCCCGCCUCCUCCACCACCACCGCCUCCGCCUCCACCUGAACCAAUUCUUCAUCACGCUGGACCUUGUUGCGAAUUCUGCAAUUGCGCAUCGGUGAUUUGCGCCAAAGUCCACAAAAUUCAGCACAUUAAAUCUCAAGAACGGGUGCAGCAAACUCAGCAAGUACAAGCCAGUCAACUGCACUGGGCUAGCUACACAACAACUCCGACUACAGAAACGAGAUUGAUCGACGUCACUGCUAGACAAUCAGGAUAUGAUAGAGUUGUGAAACCAUCCGAUAAAGCGACCACCAGUUGUAAUGCGGCCUACAAUACUUGUCCAUCGAUGAUGCAAGGAGCCGAAAUGUCAAGUACACCAGAAUCAUUUUCAACAGUGGGACGAUACCUAACUUCUGGUAACGACGGAUCAUCAUUCCACGUUCAAAAAAAUAAAAGGACACAAACCAAAUCACAAGUACAUAGAUCUGUAUCUGAUGCCAGGAGUGAUAAAAAUGACAAAAAAGACCAUACUGAUAGCGAACCAGCAACUAACGAGUCGGAGCUAAAGCAGAUUAAUUUGGUAGAACAUACAGAAGCUAUUGAAGAUCAAACUGCUAGAGAAAGCACACCGCAAUUACGAGACAGCGAAAUUAAAAGUGAAGAUAAAAAAAAUAACGGCGACGUUGAAUCGACGGCGAACAACCGAAAGAGACCUAAACCUUUGUACAGAGAAUCUUUGCAGACAAGUGAUACAAAAAAUGAAGAUGAUGUUUAUAAUAUCGAGGAUUCUAAUUUCUCAAGUUGAAUCAGUUCUAUGGAUUCGCCAAGGACUUCUUCAAGACAUCUAAUUACUGAUGAAUCACCUAAAAGAUUUAGAAAUAAAGUGAGUCCCGCAUCAACACCCAAUUCCUCUCGACCGCAAUCUCAAUUUCAACAAGUGGUCGAGAGACGUGAAGAUGAACAAAUAGAUGAACGUCCGUCAUCCACUCGAAGCAAUAGAUCGUCACGCAAAUAAUUCCACGAAGCCGAUGACAGAAUUGAAGAAUCAGACAAUCUUUUUGAUGACGAAAUUUCUUAUGACCACUGAAAAUUUAUAUUUAUUAAGAUUUAUUUAUAAGAUUGUAUUUGUAAGAUUUUUUUUAAGUAAU